GAACGCAAGAUGGCCACCCCUGCUGUCAUCAGCCUCCUCUCUCAGAGACCAUGCAGCAUUCUUCCAGUCGGAAGCAAUGCGCCCAGCCAAUGACCCCAAAGAGCGGGACCCCUCCCACGUACGGAUGCUGAAUGAUGUGCUGCGCGAUCUGGAAAAGAGCUUCAUCGUCCCACAGACGCCGCCUGGAGUGUACAGGAAUUUACUUUACAGCCUCCCAGGAAAGACGGCUCAGUUCUCCAUUCUGAAGUUCUCACAGGAAGUGGCCCUGCAUUGCAGCGUGGCCAGCAAGGCAGCGAGGCACUACUCUCUCAACAAGGAAGCACUUUGCCACAGUGCCAGGAACCAAUCCCUGUCCCUGAUCCUCAGGGCCCUGCACUCAUCCGACAGGCUCAUCACCUUUGGGCUAGACUUGUUUGAAAAUUACCCAAGUGGCACAAAAUGAUUCCAAUGCAGGGACACGAAGACAUAAACCUUUACCAAAAUCAUUCUGCUGUUCAGGAAAAAAUUAAUGAUUCUUGUUAAUUUUUAAAAAUCAAAUCUUGCAAAAAAAAAAAUUUUUUUAAAGCAUGAAUGUAGCAAAGCCAACUUUUCGCACACAUGCUGUAAGAUAUGCAAAUGAUAGGGAAAUGUGGGUCUGCUUUAAUUGCACUUAUCUGUCUUCCAAUAGGUUUUAAGCUAAACUUAAACAUUCAUUUUCUCAUUUUACUUUCCAUGAAUUUAGUCCCAAUGCCCUCUAC